UAGACUAUUCACCAUGAACGAUUUUGCUUUGAUUUAUUGCUUCUUCGUAAUCUUUGGCGCUGCCUUAGCAAACCCAACUACUACCCAGGAGGAUCGGCCGAUGAUUUACAUCGGCAUGAUGGACGGAUUUGUCGUUUUGGACGAGGACACAAUCAGCACAAAGCUGCCUGAAGUAAUCAACGGUAGUAGCUCAAAGUUGCCCGAAGUUAACAACGCAAGUCACCCUAAGUUGCCUGAAGUAAUCACAAGUAGCGGACCGAAGUUGCCAGAAGAAGAAGUCACCGGCCAAAAGCUAUCCGAGAUGAAGCCAAGCACGAUCAAACUUCCUGAACUAGCUUUUGUUGCCCCGCCAUUUCCCGGACGUCCUGAUUAUCCUUACAGACCCCGUCCUUAUCCAUUCCCGACUACUGAUUACGGAUACAAUCCUUCGUACAUACCUCAACCAAGUUACGGAGCUCGCCCUUACGAACCUCAAUCUGGUUAUGGAUUUAACCCUUAUGGACCUCAAAUUGAUUACUCAAAUGAGUUCCGUCCUACUUUUUCUCGUCCCAGCUACGGAUUCCAACCGUAUUCAAACGAUGAAAUGCGUUUGUUUUAUUAA